AUGCUAUACAAAGCUACAAUUGUUGAAUGGGAGGCAUUCACCAAGUUUUCUAGGAACAACUUACUUGAGACUUCCAAAAGGCAAGAACUUCUCAAAACAAGAGUCUUUGGUGGUUUAGAAUUUGUUUUCUUUAUUGUAGUUGGGGUUUGUUUAAAUAAAACCAAAAAAAAGUCUAGUGGAAAUCAAAAUAGUUAUCAUCAUGCAAUAUUGAGAUUUAGAAGGUAUAGUUAUUAUGAGUUGAAGGUAGCUACAAAGAAUUUUAGUAAUGAGAUUGGAAGAGGUGGAGGAGGGGUUGUCUAUAGAGGUAAGCAUAGAAUUUUGGUAUAUGAGUACAUGGAAAAUGGCUCUUUAGCUGAAAAUCUUUCAUCUAAAACAACACACUUGAUUGGAGUAAAAGAGGAAGAUAUGGAUAUUAGGCCUAAUAUGAGUCAGGUGGUUGAGAUGCUCCAAAAUAAUGAAAGAGUUGUUGAGUGA